AUGUGUAUCGCACGACGCAGCAUGUCUCGCCAGGUCUACGCCCACUACAUGGUCGGCCUCACCGACGGCCAAUCCCCCGAACAAUGGCAAAAAGACAUUUCCGACGCAAAGGCAGUCGGAAUCGACGGUUUCGCCCUCAACAUCGGCACAGACACCUGGACCCUGACCCAGCUCCACCAAGCCUACGCAGCCGCCGAAGCUGCCUCGUUCGGCCUGUUCCUCUCGUUUGACAUGCAGACGAGUUCUUGGGACUCUCCCGCCGUUGUCGAUCUGAUUAAUCAGUUCAAGGACUCGGGGGCGCAGAUUAAGAGGGAUGGGAGGCCGCUUGUUAGUACUUUUGAGGGGACUGGGUGGGCGGACCAGUGGGAGGGUGUUAGACAACAGACGGGGGGUAUUUUCCUCGUGCCGGAUUGGAGCAGUAUUGGACCUGAUGGACUCAGGGAUAAGUUGAGUAUUGUCGAUGGAGCUUUUUCGUGGAAUGCUUGGCCCAGAGCUGGAGAAACAAAGAUGACAGCCGACGAAGACAAGCUAUACAAGUCGGUCCUCGGCGAAAAGCCUUUCAUGAUGGGAGUAAGCCCUUCAUUCUACGUCAACCUCGCGGAAUGGGGCAAGAACUGGUACUCUUCCAGCGAAUCCCUCUGGUAUGACCGCUGGCUCCAAGUCCUCGACGUUCUCCCCGAUUCCAUCGAGAUCAUUACUUGGAACGAUUUCAGCGAGUCGAGCUACAUUGGGGACAUUGUUCCUUCGCAGAUUGUUAGCGGUGCAGAGGUUUAUGUCGAUGGGUAUGAGCAUUCUGCUCUACGCUCUGUGUUGCCUUAUUUUAUUCAGGCUUACAAGGCUGGGACUCCUGAUGUGCCUCUUCCCGAUGGAGAGACGGCCGUUGCUUGGUAUAGAACCACAUCUGCUACCCUCGGUUCCGAUGGAGGCACAGUCUGGGGUCAAGGCGGUUCCGAGAGCGCAAGCGUCGGCGCCAAAGACGUCGUCAGCGUCGUAGCCAUCACAACAGGCGAAGAAGAAGUCCUCAUCAAGAUCGGAGACUCUCGAGAAGAGCGAUUCAUCGCCAACGGCACCGGUACCAGGGCAAGCUACUUUGAAGUCCCCUUUGAUGGCAGCCUCGGCGAAGUUAAGCUUGAGAUGGGAGGUCGAAGUGUCGUUGGAGGUGCUAUCACUGCUAAUCUGCCAUCGACGGGGUAUGUCAACUUUAAUGCCUUGGUCAUUGGGCUGUAG